CAACCAACUUCCUUUCAGUACCGUAAAUCUUCUUGCCGCAAAAUUCAUCCCCUAGUGUUCAUCAAUGGCAGCCAGGCACAGCAUGGUUCUUCUUCUUCUUGCUCUCCUUUAUCUCGGAGCAAUUGGUUUUAAUUCCGCCACGGUUUUUACGUUAAAAAAUAGCUGUAGUUAUACAGUCUGGCCCGGAACACUUACCGGUGACGGUGGUGCCCCACUUGGAGGUGGCGGAUUUACUCUGACCCCUGGUGCUUCCACCCAAGUCUCCGCCCCAGCCGGUUGGUCUGGACGUUUCUGGGCACGUACCGGAUGCAACUUCGAUGCCUCUGGACAAGGGUCCUGCGCCACCGGUAACUGCGGGGGACUUAAGUGCACCGGAGGCGGCGUGCCACCGGUAAGUUUAGCGGAGUUCACGCUCGGCAAAGACAGCACUCAGAAAGACUUCUACGAUGUCAGCCUCGUAGACGGAUACAAUGUGGGAGUCGGAGUCCGUCCCUCCGGCGGGUCUGGUGACUGCGGGUACGCCGGCUGCGUUGCGGACUUAAACGCAAACUGUCCCCCAGAGUUGCAAGUGCGGAAUUCUGGCUCAGUUGUCGCAUGCAAGAGUGCUUGUGAAGCAUUUAGAACACCGGAAUAUUGUUGCACCGGUGACCACUCCACACCACAAACAUGUCCCCCGACGGAUUACUCAAGGAUCUUCAAGAAUGCGUGCCCUUCGGCAUACAGUUACGCCUAUGACGAUGCUUCUAGCACGUUCACUUGUUCCGGAUCGGAUUACACCAUCACGUUCUGUCCCAAUAACUAAAGCAAAAUUCCAUGGUCGAUAUUCCUGACAAAGUUUCAUUUUAGUUUAUUAAGUAGCUAUAAUUCUGUUAUUGAUAUCAAAAAUACAGAAUGCUAUCGAAUAAUAAGACUAUAUUUAACCACAUAUCAAUGGUCAGAAUAAGGUUGGAGUACACCACAUAGUCGGUCUCUUUCAUUGUAUCAAAAAAUAAUAAACCGAUGAACUAAUUAUACGACUCUUGGUUGUUGUUAUUAUUUUAU